AUGCCUUGCAGUAGCGACGCAUGUCAUAUCGUGCUCGACUAUGCGAUACCCUCCAUCGGCGUGUUAACAACGCUGGCUAUUGCCAUAUCCCCAUACAAAGCUGUUCGACGAGUAGUGAAAGCGAAAUGCUUGGAAGACGUGGACCCGAUUCCUUUCAGCAUAUUGGCGGUGAACGCAUUGGCGUGGGCCAUAUACGGUCUUCUGAUCCAAGACUAUUUCGUCGCAACGCCUAACAUCCUAAGCAUCCCGAUCGCGCUCCUCUUCACCAUGCUGACAUUGCUCUACUCACCGGCAUCGACACAAAACCGGAUGAUGGCCAUCGUAACAGCCGGAUACGCCAUUGUGUUCAUGUUGGCGAUGGUGGCGUUCAUCGCUCUUCAUAACAAAUACUAUGUUGCGGACAAGCUUCUGGGGAGCACUAGUAUUGCGACCGUGGUGUUGUUCUAUGGCAGUCCGUUGGCGGGGAUGUGGCGGAUUGUCAAGGAACGAAAUGCGAGGAGUAUUAAUGCUCCCUUGGCCAUCACGUGUUUCGUGAAUGGUUCCUUGUGGACAGCGUAUGGAUUAGCGGUGGGUAAUGCGUUCAUUUGGGCGCCGAAUGCCACAGGAGCCGUGUUCAGCGCGAUACAACUUACUCUGAUCGUUCUGUUUCGCGCAUCUCGCACCGAAACUCUCACCGGGGUAAUAAGGAAGGCGGGUCCUUUCGCAUACGGUGCACAAAGCGUAUCCACGGUUGUUCGAUAUGAUGGACGGCUGGGCGGCAAAGAGUGCUUAAACGCUACGAACAACUCAACUUUGCAACAAACCGCACCCUCCCACCAGUGCCACCACCUACCACAAUCCUUGACGGCAGAUCCUCCCACGAACCUCGUCCCACUUCAUACCAAGCUCCGAGCCACAAUGGCGCAGGCAGCCGCUGAUAUCCUGGCUCUGACGCUCCCUUUCGAGGUUCUUCGCAAGGCCGAUGAAUUCCAACGCCUAGCGCAGAGUCGCAGAGUCAAGUUAGGGAAAGGAGAGGCAGCAUUACCCUACCUUUGUUUAGAAUUAGCUUGUCAAACAGCAGAUGAGCAGUCUUUCCCCGCACGAGCGGCUCAGGCGCACCUCAAGCUUCCACCAAAACAGUACGCUACCGCACUGACGAAUCUGAGGAAAGCGUUGAACAUUGCGCCACCCCAAGUAUCGCUGGAAAGCCUGGCGAUCAAGGUCGGGGCUACACAUAUUGUCCCGGUUGUGAAGGACAUGCGGCUAGCUUUCGAGACGAAUUACGGAGCAACGCUCUCUGCGGCGGAUCUUCGAAAUGUGGACUGGAACCACCCUGAUCUUACGGUUGCACUGUUUUAUAUGUGCUGUAAAGCGGUGGGCAUGAAAUUUGGGAAAGGGGAAGCGGAACAGAUGGCAAAUAACCUCAAAGAGUUCACCAACUACAUCAAGGCCGUCGAACAGCACUGCAAAGCCGAAUUAGAGGCUUUAAGAACGGAGAAUGAGAAGCAGAAGAAUUCGCAAACACCGAGUCGUAAGAGGAAGAAGGCUGGGAAUGAUGCGACUGCUCCUGAAGAGGGCGGCGUAGCUGCGUCGAGCACCGGCAAUCCGCAAACACUGUCAGAGAAAGCUUCCUCUGCGCCAACGCCGUCUAAGCUCGGCACACCCCGUCGACGAGGUCUCGUCCUCGAGUCGAAAACGAAGACAUACGUGGGGCAGAAGUUGCGGGUGAGCUUCUUCACUCAGUAG